UGUAGCUGAAGAAUAUAAUGCAUUUUUCUACUCGCUGGUGUCACAAGAUACAAUGGAGAUGCAGUACUCCCUCAAGCGGCAGAGAUUUCUCAUCAACCAGGGAUACAGCUAUAAAGUGAUCACAAAGCUUGCUGGAAUGGAAGAGGAGGAACUAGCAUAUACUACCAAAGAGGAACAGGCACAAGUGUUACAGAAGGUGAUAGCUGCAUCAGACCAGGAUGCUGAGGAGGAGAGAAUUGUGGGAGAAGGUUUAGGCGGGAAAUCUGUUAUGGGAAGAAAAGUUGGCAGUAUGAGUUCAAUGUCUGGAGCAGACGACAAUGUGUACAUGGAGCUGUCAAGAAAAUCAUCCAAUAAACAUAUGCAUCCAUUGUUUAAAAAGUUCAGAAAGUGAAAACAUUGGAAGUAUACACAUUUAGUGUACAUGUGGGAUAAACUGGGGUCAUUUUCAGGGACUUUGUUGUUGGCAUAUUAUAUUAUUCAGUGGCAGGAUAGUUAUUUUCCGUAGCACAAAUGCAAAUUCUAGUGUUCAUUAAUCAUCCACUUACCUCAAUAUAUCUUGACCAUCAGUGAUAUGUAUAUACAGUGAUAAUUGAUAAAGCAGUAGUCAAAUGUUAUUAAGAUUUUAAUUCUUAUAACUAAAUCAUUUUUUCUUGCCAGGUAGUUAAAUGCCAUAAAAUCUUGAGUAUUUUAGGCACUACAAAACAUGAUUAGGGAUAAGGUUUCCCCAAAAUAAUAGAUCAGACAAUGUUAUACCACACAACCGGAAAAUAGAUAUUGUCUAAAAGUAAUGCAAAUGUUUAUGCAUUUCUAGAAACACCUAAAGAUCUGGUUCAUUUGUAUAUGUUUUGGGUAGAUCCUGAAAACUCAGACAUUCUGUGACAAGUUCUCAUUACUAGAAGAAAUGUGUUCAUAAGCAUUUUUGGUGUAUUGAUCAACUCAAAGAAUUUUAUGUAGAUCUUUGAUUUGUACAUUUAUGUUUUGAUGAACUAGUUAAUAAAUUAUCAAAACUUAAA